AUGACGACUCCAAUCGGCGAAACCUCCCUUCAAACCCUUCUCUCAACCCUAACAACCGUCCUCCACCCGGAAACCUACGUCUUCGUCACCCGUCCCGCGGACGCCCCACUACCGCCCCUCUCCGAGAUCCAACUACUGUUUAGAGAGUCCGAGGGCGUUACGAUCAUCACCACUCUCGAUACCGCGACAGCCCACGGAUGGGACUACGCGUUCCCGUCAAAGAUGAUUACGCUCAACGUGCACUCGAGCCUCGAGGCCGUGGGGUUCAUGGCUGUUAUUGCGACGAGGGAGGAGGAAGCGGUGGCAGAGUUGAAACAGCUCGCACUGGAGUCCGGGAAAGGGAACUGA